CACGGAAAGCCAUCAGACGAGGAUCAGACGGCCAGGAAGGAACCCUAGCGCCCGCCGGUGCCAAUAUAAAGCGCCACUCUCUCUCGUCUUAAGCCCCAGCCUCUCCAUUCCCCUCUCCCUCUCGCCGCCGCCGUCUCCUUCUCCUACUCCCUUCGAGUUUCAGCCAUGGGUAAGGAGAAAACUCACAUCAACAUCGUGGUCAUUGGCCAUGUCGACUCUGGCAAGUCGACCACCACUGGCCACCUGAUCUACAAGCUUGGAGGUAUUGACAAGCGUGUGAUCGAGAGGUUCGAGAAGGAGGCUGCCGAGAUGAACAAGAGGUCAUUCAAGUACGCGUGGGUGCUUGACAAGCUGAAGGCUGAGCGUGAGAGAGGUAUCACCAUCGAUAUUGCCUUGUGGAAGUUCGAGACCACCAAGUACUACUGCACCGUCAUUGAUGCCCCUGGUCACCGUGACUUCAUCAAGAACAUGAUUACCGGUACCUCCCAGGCUGACUGUGCCGUGCUUAUCAUUGACUCCACGACUGGAGGUUUUGAGGCUGGUAUCUCCAAGGAUGGCCAGACCCGUGAGCAUGCCCUCCUUGCUUUCACUCUUGGAGUGAAGCAGAUGAUCUGCUGCUGCAACAAGAUGGAUGCCACCACUCCCAAGUACUCGAAGGCCCGUUAUGAUGAAAUUGUUAAGGAAGUCUCUUCCUACCUCAAGAAGGUCGGCUACAACCCUGACAAGGUCCCCUUCGUCCCCAUCUCUGGUUUUGAGGGUGACAACAUGAUUGAGAGGUCCACCAACCUUGACUGGUACAAGGGCCCUACCUUGCUUGAGGCACUUGACCAGAUCAAUGAGCCCAAGAGGCCCUCAGACAAGCCCCUGCGUCUUCCCCUCCAGGACGUGUACAAGAUUGGUGGCAUUGGAACUGUGCCUGUUGGCCGUGUUGAGACUGGUGUCAUCAAGCCUGGUAUGAUUGUUACCUUCGGUCCUACUGGUCUUACCACUGAGGUCAAGUCCGUUGAGAUGCACCAUGAGGCUCUCCAGGAGGCCCUUCCUGGUGACAAUGUUGGCUUCAACGUCAAGAACGUUGCUGUGAAGGAUCUCAAGCGUGGGUUUGUUGCAUCCAACUCCAAGGAUGACCCUGCCAAGGAGGCUGCCAACUUCACCUCCCAGGUCAUCAUCAUGAACCACCCUGGUCAGAUUGGCAACGGCUACGCCCCAGUGCUGGACUGCCACACCUCCCACAUUGCUGUGAAGUUUGCCGAGCUGGUGACCAAGAUCGACAGGCGAUCUGGUAAGGAGCUGGAGAAGGAGCCCAAGUUCUUGAAGAACGGUGAUGCUGGUAUCGUGAAGAUGAUUCCCACCAAGCCCAUGGUUGUGGAGACCUUCGCCAUGUACCCUCCUCUUGGUCGUUUUGCUGUGCGUGACAUGAGACAAACAGUUGCUGUUGGUGUCAUCAAGGGUGUGGAGAAGAAGGACCCAACCGGCGCCAAGGUCACCAAGGCGGCUGCCAAGAAGAAAUGAUUUGUUCUGUGUUGGGGAUUGAGAUGUCUGGCUGCAGUUUUAGUGUUUACUAAGUUUUGUCUAUGUGCAUUGCUCGUAUUGCUGAGACUCUUGAAACUAUGUAAGCAAUGUUCAUGUCUGUCGUUUAAAUACUGUAUUCCUAUUUCGGUUCGGUUAAAACCUGUGUGCUAUGAUGCUUGUGUCCUUUUAACUUCUCAGGGAUCUGAUUGCUUAGAUUGAACUUAGUUAACUCAUGUUCUGUUUCCUU